UCAGUUAUGGAGGUUGUGGACAAACCUGAGGCCGGGUUUCGAUUGAGGGGGAAAAGUGCAAGCUGAGGGAGGAGGAUAAAGUGAAGGAGAGAAGAGAGCCAUAGCGACAGAACAACGAGUGAAAUGACGGGAGUAUGGGUGCCAAGGAAUCAAGGAUAGGAUUUCUUUCUUAUGAUGAAGCGGUGAAACGAGUUACGGAUGUAGAAUUAAAAAGAUUGAAAGAUGCUUUCAAGAGAACGAGUGGCCUUUCGUAUUAUAUGAACCAACAAGCCUUUGUCAGGGAAGUACUUGGAGAUGGAGUUCCACCCAAAGUCGCAGAGGUUAUUUAUCAUUCUUUUGGUGGAACAUCAAAAGGUCUUCAUUUUAAUAAUCUAAUAGUGGGGCUGGUCCUCCUGACAAGAGGAAGAGAUGAAGAAAAGGCAAAGUAUAUUUUUAACCUCUUUGCUAAUGAAUCUGGGAGCUAUGUUGUACGAGAGGAGAUGGAAACAAUGUUACGAGCUUGUGAUGGAGAGGUUCAGCUUGGAGUCAAAAAGUGCUUUAUGGAGGGAGAAAAGGUAAAUUAUGAGAAAUUCAAGAAUUGGCUCCUUCAGAACAAGGAUGCAUUCACGUUUGCUCGCUGGCUGCUUUCGGGGGGAGUAUGUAUCACUCUUACUGAUGAUAGUGAUACCCCAACUUUUUAUCAAACUCUGGCUGGAGUCACACAUUUGGAAGAAUCUGAUAUAAUUGAUCUUGAGAAACGGUACUGGCUGCUUAAGGCUCAGUCAAGAACAGGACGUUUUGAUUUGGAAACAUUUGUUCCUUUAGUUUCUCCACCUGUUCAUCCAUCUUUAAGUGAAGGUUUAUUCAGUGCUUUUGACGAAAAUCGUGAUAAUCAUAUAGACUUCAAAGAAAUUUCUUGUGGGCUUUCUGCUUGCUGUAGAGGACCUCUUGCUGAACGGCAAAAAUUUUGUUUCAAGGUAUUUGACACUGACCAAGAUGGAGUUUUGUCUCGCACUGAAUUAGAAGCAAUGAUAGUUGCACUUCUGGAAGUCUGGAAAGAUAACCGCACUGACAGUAUUCCUGAACUUCAUAUGGGAACAGCUGACGUUGUAAAUCACAUUUUAAAGAAACAUGAUACCACCAAGAUGGGACACUUAACACUUGAAGACUACCAGAUAUGGGGUGUGAAAAGUGCUCUGGCUAGUGAAUUUCUUAAUCUCCUGUUUCAGAUAUGUCACAUAGUUCUUGGUCUAAGACCAGCAACACCAGAAGAAGAAGGACAAAUUAUCAGUGGUUGGUUGGAAAGAGAAAACAGACAUGGUCUACAACCUGGACAUAAUUGGUUUUUGAUUUCAGUGCAGUGGUGGCAGCAGUGGAAGGAAUAUGUGAAAUACGAAACAAGACCUGUCAUAAUAGAACCCUCUUCAAUAAUGAAUUUAGUUAAAAGCCAAAACCAAUUGCACGUUGUGGAUCAGGGUGAGGACAAACCUGGAACACAGAAUUCCUUUACUUCUCCAGAUGAAAAAUAUUUUGACAACAUUUCAAUUGCAUCUGAAGCAUCUGAGAGCACUGGCACUGGCUUGUAUCAAUCUAGUCCAGCUGGCACUGAUGCUUGCUUUCCCAGACAGUACAACAGUUUGGACAACAAUGGUCAAUGCUUCCUGGGUGUCAAUGGGAACAUUUUAGGACAACUCGGUCCACAGAAGCCAGGAGCUAUUGAUAACUUAUCACUUGUAAUGCAAGGAUCUGUAAAGGCUCCUACGUUAACACUAGAGGGUGGACGCCUGAAACGGAAUCCAGCUUUGGUUCAAGGAAAAGACUAUGAAGUUGUCCCAGAACCUGUGUGGAGGGCAUUGUAUCAUUGGUAUGGGGCAAACCUAUCACUACCUAGACCUGUAAUUAAAAAUACAACAACAAAUCAAGCAGAGCUCGAGUUGUUUCCUCGUUACCUUCUUUUCUUGCGACAACAACCAGCCACACGUACUCAACAGUCUAACAUCUGGGUCAAUAUGGGUAUGAUGAGCCUGAGAGCAUUUCCUCAUCGUGGAGGAAAUGUACCUUCGCCAUCAUCACCAAUGAAACGAGUACUAGCAUACACGGGCUGCUUUAGCCGAAUGCAAACAAUAAAAGAUAUACACGAAUACUUAUCCCGGCGGCUUCGAAUAAAAGAGGAAGAUAUGCGAUUGUGGCUGUACAACAGUGAGAACUACCUUGCACUACUGGAUGAUGAGGAUCACACUUUGGAAGACUUAAAAAUUCUAGAUGAGCAACACUUGGUGAUUGAAGUUCGCAACAAAGAUAUGAGUUGGCCGGAGGAGAUGUCAUUCAUUGCAAACAGUAGCAAAAUGGACAGACACAAGGUUCCAACUGAAAAAGGUGCCACAGGGUUAAGUAACCUGGGAAACACGUGUUUUAUGAAUUCCAGCAUCCAAUGUGUCAGUAACACACAGCCACUUACUCGGUACUUCAUCUCAGGAAGACAUCUUUACGAACUCAACAGGGCUAAUCCAUUAGGAAUGAAAGGUCAUAUGGCCAAGUGUUAUGGAGAUCUUAUCCAAGAGUUGUGGAGUGGAACUCAGAAAAAUAUAGCACCACUUAAACUCAGGUGGACAAUAGCAAAAUAUGCUCCAAGAUUUAAUGGUUUCCAGCAACAGGACUCUCAGGAGCUUCUAGCAUUCUUGUUGGAUGGUCUUCAUGAAGACCUCAACAGAGUUCACGAUAAGCCUUACGUAGAAUUGAAGGACAGUGAUGGUCGUCCAGAUUUCGAGGUUGCAGCAGAGGCAUGGGAAAAUCACUUGAGGAGAAAUAAAUCAAUUGUUGUUGACCUUUUUCAUGGGCAGCUAAAAUCACAAGUCAAAUGCAAAACGUGUGGUCACAUCAGUGUUCGAUUUGAUCCAUUCAAUUUCUUGUCUUUGCCUCUGCCAAUGGAUAGCUUUCUACACCUAGAAAUAACAGUUAUCAAAUUAGAUGGUUCAACACCAGUCCGAUAUGGUUUACGACUGAAUGUGGAUGAGAAAUAUACUGGUUUAAAAAAGCAAUUAAGUGAGUUAUGCGGACUAAAAGCAGAGCAGAUCUUGCUGGGAGAGGUUCAUGGUUCCAAUAUAAAAAAUUUUCCUCAGGAUAACCAGAAAGUGCGCCUGUCAGCAAAUGGCUACCUUUGUGCUUUUGAGAUCCCUGUUCCAGGAUCACCAACCUCAGCCACUUCUCCUGUACAAACAGAUUCCUCCCAGGUGCCAUUUAAUAAUGGGAUGCUUAACCAGUCUUCAAAUGCGAAUCCAAUGAAGCCAAAUCUGAUUCCGAAUGGAAUUCCUAGUACUGAGGUGCCAGCUGACAAUGAGAAGAGUCUCUCAAAUGGACUACCUAAUGGACAUUUGCCAGGGGUUAAUGAUAAUCCAUUCAUAGGAUACAUCAUUGCAGUUCACAGAAAAAUGAUGCGGACAGAACUGUAUUUUCUGUCCUCCCAAAAGAAUCGCCCCAGCUUGUUUGGUAUGCCACUUAUUGUACCCUGCACCAUACAUACACGCAAGAAAGACCUCUAUGAUUCUGUAUGGAUACAGGUAUCACGGCUUGCCAGUCCUUUGCCACCGCAAGAAGCAAGCAACCAUGCUCAAGACUGUGAUGACAGUAUGGGCUAUCAGUAUCCAUUCACUCUUCGAGUUGUUCAUAAAGAUGGAAAUUCUUGCUCAUGGUGUUCAUGGUACAGAUUCUGCAGGGGGUGCAAGAUCGAAUGUUCCAAUGAAAGAGCUUGUGUUGGGAAUGCUUACAUAGCCAUUGACUGGGAUCCAACUGCUUUACAUCUUCGAUAUCAGACAUCACAAGAGAGGAUAUGUGAGGAACAUGAAAGUGUUGAGCAGAGUCGACGAGCACAAGCAGAGCCUAUUAAUUUGGACAGCUGCCUCCGGGGUUUCACCAGUGAGGAGGAAUUGGGGGAGGAUGAGCUGUAUUAUUGCUCCAAAUGCAAAACUCAUCGCCUGGCAACAAAGAAGCUUGAUCUCUGGAGGCUUCCACCAAUAUUGAUAAUUCACUUGAAAAGAUUCCAGUUUGUUAAUGGCCGCUGGAUUAAAUCACAGAAGAUUGUUAAGUUCCCCAGAGAAGGUUUUGACCCUGGUGCUUUUUUGGUACCUCGUGAUUUAAUGCAGACUGCACAAAUGGAGCUGAGGAAAUCAGAUUUGAGGAAUAGCCAGGGAUCAGAAACUGGUGACAGUCUUGGAGUACAAUCUGGUGUAAACUUGGGCAUUUUAAAUGUGAAAGCAUCUCCACCUUCAAGAAGAAAAAAUAAGAAUAAUUCAUCAAGCAAAAACAACAGCCCUACAAACAGUCCCAAACAAGGAAAAAGCAGAGGACUACUACGUUUAUCACAACUUGGAAAGAACAAACUUUCAAACAGUAAAGAAAACCUGGAUGACAGCAAAGAGAGUAACUGUAAUGUGGAUCAAAUAUUGGAGAUAAAGAAUGUUAGAAAUGCCCACUUGGACCAACUAGUAGAUGACACUGAUAAGACAAAGAGCUCUGAGGGGAGCAAUGAGGGAAUAAUUCCAGAAGUUGUGAAAACACAGAAUACAGAAUUGAUUUUAGUCAAUGGAGUGUGUCACGAGAAACAGCAGAAUGGAUUUGGGAGUUGUAUUAGUAAUGGAGAGUGUGAAAACCGCACAAAUGAAGAUAUAACUUCAGAUGACCAAAGAGAUCCAAACCUUUUGAACCCUCUAUAUAACUUGUAUGCAAUUUCAUGCCAUUCAGGAAUCUUGGGAGGAGGCCAUUAUGUCACAUAUGCCAAAAACCCCAAUGAAAAGUGGUACUGUUACAAUGAUAGUAGCUGCAAGGAAGUACAUCCUGAUGAAAUUGAUACUGACUCUGCCUAUAUCCUUUUCUAUGAACAACAAGGUGUGGACUAUGCACAGUUCCUGCCAAAGACAGAAGGCAAGAAAAUGGCAGACACUAGUAGUAUGGAUGAAGAUUUUGAAUCUGACUAUAAAAAAUACUGUAUUCUGCAAUGAAUGUGUUCUUCCAUUAGCCAGAUGCCACAUGUUUGCUGAAAGACUGGUAACAAAACACUCCAAGUUUAGAAUUUCAGGGUUGGACAGGUUUUCUGCUGAAAACAUGCUGCUUCUGCAAAUUCUUCUGUGAUCAAGAAGCACAAAAAUAACAUGUAAAAGUUGUUGAAAACGGAUGGUAAUUGUGAUUUUUUUUUUCUCUCUCACUAGUUGCUGUUUGCAACUUGCAUCAGUAGCCAAUGUGAUCUGCUACCUCCUUUAAACUGUUUGGGUUUCAUGCAUUGUGUUAACAAGACCAGAAUGGUAGCAUGCCAGGAAGAAAUUUAAAUGCACUAAAACUUGGGGUACAGCAUUUUAAUUCUAACAGUUAUAACUGUGUGGACUACCUUUUCCCUUAACUUUGAGUGAAUAGUUCAUGAAACAGUUACAUUUAUUACCUUUUUAAACUACUUCAGCUUGUAUUUUAAUGGUUAUAUAAUGGUAGGAAAGCUAAUAAUUAAAAUUCUGGAGAAUGCAUAUUUCAACUUAAAAAAAACAAAAUAAGUGCCAUGAUCAAUUGAACUCUUCAUAAAACUAAUAAAGAAUCACACAGCAUCAACUUAAACAAUUUAAAAAGGUAAUACUGUUUAAUUUGUUUCUUGAAUUUUUCACACUCUUCCUUUUGAUUUUUGUGACCCUUAAAACAAGAAAGACGUUUUGUAGAUCACAUGUUGCUACACUGGUCUAGAUAUUUUGUCCUGUUAACAAUUCAUAUUUAUUGUGAAUAUAUAUGCUUAACUAUCUUUAAGUUGUAUAUUAUUUUUCUUUAGUUUAAGAAACCUUAUUUUGAAGGUUCAAUAGUAUUGCAUCUAAAUAUCACUGCAUUUUCAGCAUUGCUAAAUACCCUUGGUUUUGUUUAAACCUGCAUUGCAUUAUAAUUAUUUUGGAUAUAAUACAUUGUUAUUUUAUAUUAUUUUAAUGCCUGUGUGGACUUUUAACUUGAUGUCAUUACUUGAGCUGCAAAGCCUCCGUAUACAUCAAUGCUUUUUAAAGCAGAAGUUUUUUUUUGGCACAAACAAAUCCUAGUUCAUAGAAACAGAUGAUUUGCUGACCGAUUUUGCUAUCUUUGAAACUGGAACAGCAUUUGAUUUCUAGAGUUAGGUACUAUGAUUGAACAGUGUUUUGCCUUUAGAGGUUAUUCCAAUUCCCACCCAAUGUGAUUUUUAUUGAUAUACUUCAACAUCCUAUAGCUACUUUGAUCUUAAAUAUAUGUGUAAUUGUAUAGAGACUACUAAUUAAGCUCAAUGGAAGAGGAACAUUGGCAAACACAAUGUAAUGUAAUAUUUAUCUCUUUAUUUUUUUCAUCAUAGUGUUGCACAGUUUUCAAACUUAUUUCAAAACUGAUGGUUAAAGUCUCCAUUUCAUUGCUUGAUAUUCUAAUAAAUCACACCUUGCUUUAUCUGCACAGCAGAGUUUGUGCACUUAACAUUAAACAGUUCAGUGUAUUAAAAUUUCUGGUAAACAUAUCGGUGCACAUAGUUAAGAACAAAUGAGCAAUCUUGUGUUAAUUUGUGUUUCCACAAUUGUUCCUCUCUUUAUGUUAUACAUGAAUUUAAAAUGCCUGAGUGAUUGAUUGUGUGAGAAGUGAGUAUUUUAAACCAUCCUCUCAGUCACAAUCCUGAAAUAAGGGCAAGUAGUGCAAUCUACUGCUGUAUUGUGUGUUCUUACAAGUCUAUUAUAGAUAUAAUGGUUGAAAAAUAUUCUUUUUUAUUAAAUUAAAUCAUUAAUAACUGAAGAAUUUAUUAAAUUAUCUGAGUAACUACAUUACAUCUUGUAAAUUCUUGUAAAAAAUAUUGACAUUGCACUGAAUUAAUUGGAAAUUUUUAAUGUACAUAAGAGCUUUGUAAAUAUGGCAGUGAUGUACUGUAAUACAAGCUGUAAAAACUGUACUUGUAAUUGUAUAUGGAGUGAAUCUGUUCAUCUGUAACUAUUAAAAGAGACAAUAAAUACAGUGGCUGGAAUGUCUGAGUUGAAUAAAUGUAUAACCUAACUAUUGAUAAAGCAAGAGGCUGUGACUGAGAAUGGUGUAAAACAGCUUUUGCUAAAUUAUUACAAUGCUAAAUGGCAAAUCUAUAGAUCCUGCAUUUAUAAUUCAUUUUGUAAAGAACUGAUCCCUUCAAUUGUUUAAUGCAAUGAUGUCUGUAAUGUGUAAUUCUUUUAAAAAAAAUGCAUCCACUUCUGUAGAAAGUGGGAUCCAUAAUGGUAAACUGAAAGAUUUUAUUAAAUAUUCAUACCUUAAUUACAAGAUGCAAUCUUUGCACUAGACUAGAUACAUGAUUCAGAAGCCAGAUGUGUUUAAUUAUGUUUGUUAUGAAAGGAUUAAUUUCCUCCUUUGUUCAACAUUUAAUCUGUGUUCUGAUUUACAUUUAACAUCAUUUUUAGUUGAGGAUCAGCAUAAAGAUCAGGCGAAUCUUACAAGACAUUGCUCAUGCUUAAGUGUGGACUUUGUUGACAGGGAGCUAGUGAACUUGGACAGCUUAUUGUUGCCCAGAAAUUCUGGAAUAUUUUGUCAUAUUUUGUCACCAAGGUGCUUCAUAUGGCAAUGGCUCAUCAUUAAUAAUCAAGCUGAUGAAUAGUUUAAUCAUAGUCUUUCAUGUCCUUCAUUCAUACAUUAAAAUAUUACCUCCUUUCUAUGAAACUUCAUUUAAUAACCUUUUAAAACCUAGAUAUACUGCAAUCAUUGAUUUUCCCUCCAUUUACAUAACCUCAAAAAUCAUAACACUUAACAUCCCCACCACAAACAUAAUUUUCCUUUCAAAAACUACAUGAACUCUGCUGACUUCAUGAUUUUCCAUUGUUAACCACAUUGAUGUUAGUAGAUUCCAGCACUUCUCAACAACUUGUAUCCACAAUACAAAAUUUAUUUUCUUUCAACCUAUUGAAUACUUGUGCUGCAUUUACUAGUUCCAAUUUGUUGUAACUGGAUUUCCAGCACCUGUAGACUUCCUCUUGUUUGCUGUAACUGUUUCAGAGUCCAGGAGACACUGGAAGAUUAUCACCAUCACCAUAACAGAGACUACUGAAUCCAAAUUAUUUGUCAGUCUUCACAGCUUAUCCUGUACUUUCUUUUUACUCAUAUUCCUUGCCAGUUUAUCUGGUUCUAUUAUUUUAUCAAGCCAGGAGGGAAUACAAAAUUCUGUUGUGAUCGCUGUUCCCACAGAAUUGGUGGUGUGAGUUAAUUAAGCUUGUUUCAUUUAAAAAAGGAUAUAUUUUAUUUUAAUCCAAUUUAUUCCCAACAAUCACAUGAUCUAUGGUUAAGAUAACUCUCUCGAUUGCAUUUUAUCUUGUAAGAUAUUACUGCCAGAUUUACUUCAUCAAUAUAAUAAACUCCUUCAAGAUUACCUUUACUGCAAGUACCUACUGUAUACUUGCUCCAUCAGCAUUACUGCUGUGAAGGUCAUGAUUUUAAAAUGAAUGGUGUGCAAAGUAAUCUCUUCGGGGAAAAACUGAGUACAGUUUAUUCAGUUUUAAAACAAGAUUCUUGCAUGACCCUAUGGGGGGCGGGGAAUGACCAGAUUGCUCAAUCUUACAAUUUACUCAUCCUGUAUGUCUUUGAAGGCUGAACUUGUAAUAUAUCUAAGGCCCAAAUUUGGUGCCUCUCUGGAAGACUAGCUUACACCCUGAAAUCAUACAAUUGCAGCUGCUGGAAAUCUUACAAUACAAACAUGAAAUGCAAAGUAAAUCAGAUAGCGUAUGUAGAGAGAAAAAUACAGGUAACUUUUCUGGUGAUGACAUUUAAUUUUGUAUUUCAACACAGGUGCAAUGCCCUUUAAUCUUGUUAACCCUUUUAACUUAAGUUUCCAAUAAACUGAGCCCUUAUCUAUUUAGUUUUGGUUUUUAAAAAUUAAACUUGCUCCAGCCACUUCAAAGUGUUCAAGUCAUUUAAUAAUUGUCACAGACAUCUCUAAGUAAAUAAAUUAUUAAGCAUGUGUAACAUUGAACAUAAACUUAUGCAAUUUCUUAUAAGUUGGCAAAAUGGAAAUGUGAGAUUGCUAUGUAUUUUUAAAUUGGGUUCAGUAAACUUCCAAGACUGUCACACUGCCAUAACCAUUCAUAAUGGCCAAGCUGGUUAUGGAAAUCUGCCCUUUGAGAAUUCACAAAUUACUAUCCAAAAGUUUGAGAUAUAAAAUAAAAUCUUUUCUUUGGAUUUGUGAAAGAAUGUUUUCAAAAAAAAUAAUUUUCCCCACUUGACAAUUCUUGAUGCAUGUGUGAAUGAUGCAGUUUCUCAUUACUGAAAAUCACAAUGUGGACCGGUUUCAAGGAAUGCAAUUCCCUCCUAAGGCAGGGGUUACCUGUAAUUACUUUCUCUAUACUUCUUGAAAAUUUAAUACUUGUGAAAGUUUUGAUGAGAGAAAAGUAUGUUGAUAGUCAAGGAUUAUAUCACAGAUAUUUGUGACAUGUAAAUUAGUGUGAAGUGUCAAUAUUGCUUUAAGAUUGGUAUCGUUUUUAUGUUGAAGCACUGUAUCACAUGAACGACUGGUAAAAUUUUGUACUGUGCUUAGACAGUUGACAAAUAAACUAAUGCUUCCA